AUGAAGGCCGUUCAAACACUUGCCAAGCUACUACUACUACUAGUAUUACUCUCAGUGUCGGUAGCUCCCGCUGCCGGCCGCCAUCAUCAUCGAGGUACCAAGAAGAGAAGGAUGCAAAAGAUGCUAAAAAUGAAAAAGAAUACAAGCGUUACUACUAGCCGAAAAGGUACAAAGCUAACUGCCAGUUCGGUCAAAGGUGCCACGGGCAAAGGUGCCAAGAAAGGUACAAUAGUCGUAGGAUCCAAAGGAAUUGGUGGCAAAGGAAACGGUGGCAAAGGAAACGGUGGCAAAGGAGGUUCGAAGGCAGGAUUCAACGCUCCCUUUCCAGCACCUGUAGUGCUAUUGCCAUUGAUACCGACUUUGGCUCCAUCGAUGGAGGAACCCAGCAGACAACCCGUCACAAGAAUUCCAACAAGGACCCCCCCAUCUGGCGGUGGUAGUGGUGGCGGUGGCGGCGGUGCUGCUGCUGCUCCAACCGUAUGCUUGUCGACCCCUUGCCAAACAACAACGCCUCAAUUCGUGCCCUGCGGUGUCGGUGGAGUUGCUUUCUUUUCACCCCUUGCCACAAGAACCCUUACUGCAGCAGGUCAGACAUUGUCUUUUGACUUUAUCGGGCUCCCCGCUCCCAUCGCUGGAACCACUGUCUUUAUUGGAGCGUCUUACACAGGCGAUAUCGUAAAUGCUAACCAGUGUAUGGAGCUACAAGGUGAAGACGGUCCUACUUCUUCUGGUUUUUGUAAGCUUACAUCUACAACCACUGCUACUACUGCAAAUGCUUUCACAACAGCCACCGCAGCCGAGUUCAACGCUUGGAACGCGGAUGGAACAGUGACAAUUCAACAGGAUGCAAGCAGUUUUGUCACUCCGAUCGGCACGGAUGUCGGAAGCGUCUUGUUGGCAUAUUGUACCCUUCAAUCAUGUGGCCUGGCUAGUGUCACUACGCCAUGUCCAAAUCAACCAGCUACACCGGUGGACUGUACUGCCUUUCCUGGAACAACUUCGGUAACGACUCCGACUCUCACUGCCACUUUGACUACAAGUGGCCAGGCUCUCGCCUUUUCAUUUACUACAUUGGUCGACGCUAUAUCUCCCGUGAAUAUCAUUGCGUCCUAUAAUGGUGAUACGGAUGAAAGUACUCCAUUCGAUGAAUGUCUAGACAUUGUGGCUGAAGGGGGUGUCUUUUCCGGAUCUUGCUACUUUGAUGAGACCACCACUGGUACCACCAACCCAACGCAGGUUGUAACGCAAGCGACGGCAGCUGAAUUCAACGCUUGGAAUGCGGAUGGGACCGUGACGAUUACAUUGGAUGCGGAUAGUGGCGUUGGCCCUGGUGAUGGGGGUGGAAACGAUGGCGGAACCGUCCAAUUGCAAUAUUGUGCAAGAGGAUGUGGCACUCCUGGUGUCACAUCCACUUGUCAGAAUCAGCCAGCGACUCCUGUCGACUGUGCUGCCUUUCCUGGUACAGCUUCGGUUACAACUCCAACUCUCACAACGACUUUGACUACAAGUGGCGAGGCUCUCGCGUUUUCCUUUGCUGGACUAUCCGAUACUGUGUCUCCUGUGAAUAUCAUUGCGUCCUAUAAUGGUGAUACCGAUGACAGUACUUCAUCCGAUGAAUGUCUUGACAUUGUAGCUGAAGGUGGUGUCUUUUCCGGAUCUUGCUACUUUGAUGAGACCACCACUGGUACCACCAACCCAACGAAUGUUGUAACACAAGCGACGGCAGCAGAAUUCAACGCUUGGAAUGUGGAUGGAACCGUGACGAUUACAUUGGAUGCCGACAGUGGCGUUGACCCUAAUAAUGGAGGUGGAAACGAUGUUGGAAGCGUCCAAUUGCAAUAUUGUGCAAGAGCAUGCGGCAUUCCUGGUAUCCUUGCCGCUUGUCCAAAUCAACCUGCUACUCCUGUCGACUGUGCUGCCUUUCCUGGUACAACUUCGGUAACGACUCCGAUUCUCACUGCUACUUUGACUACAAGUGGCGAGGCUCUCGCGUUUUCCUUUGCUGGACUAUCCGACUCUGUGUCUCCUGUGAAUAUCAUUGCGUCCUAUAAUGGUGAUACCGAUGACAGUACAACAUCCGAUGAAUGUCUUGACAUUGUAGCUGAAGGUGGUGUCUUUUCCGGAUCUUGCUACUUUGAUGAGACCACCACUGGUACCACCAACCCAACGAAUGUUGUAACACAAGCGACGGCAGCAGAAUUCAACGCUUGGAAUGUGGAUGGAACCGUGACGAUUACAUUGGAUGCCGACAGUGGCGUUGACCCUAAUAAUGGAGGUGGAAACGAUGUUGGAAGCGUCCAAUUGCAAUAUUGUGCAAGAGCAUGCGGCAUUCCUGGUAUCCUUGCCGCUUGUCCAAAUCAACCUGCUACUCCUGUCGACUGUGCUGCCUUUCCUGGUACAACUUCGGUAACGACUCCGAUUCUCACUGCUACUUUGACUACAAGUGGCGAGGCUCUCGCGUUUUCCUUUGCUGGACUAUCCGACUCUGUGUCUCCUGUGAAUAUCAUUGCGUCCUAUAAUGGUGAUACCGAUGACAGUACAACAUCCGAUGAAUGUCUUGACAUUGUAGCUGAAGGUGGUGUCUUUUCCGGAUCUUGCUACUUUGAUGAGACCACCACUGGUACCACCAACCCAACGAAUGUUGUAACACAAGCGACGGCAGCAGAAUUCAACGCUUGGAAUGUGGAUGGAACCGUGACGAUUACAUUGGAUGCCGACAGUGGCGUUGACCCUAAUAAUGGAGGUGGAAACGAUGUUGGAAGCGUCCAAUUGCAAUAUUGUGCAAGAGCAUGCGGCAUUCCUGGUAUCCUUGCCGCUUGUCCAAAUCAACCUGCUACUCCUGUCGACUGUGCUGCCUUUCCUGGUACAACUUCGGUAACGACUCCGAUUCUCACUGCUACUUUGACUACAAGUGGCGAGGCUCUCGCGUUUUCCUUUGCUGGACUAUCCGACUCUGUGUCUCCUGUGAAUAUCAUUGCGUCCUAUAAUGGUGAUACCGAUGACAGUACAACAUCCGAUGAAUGUCUUGACAUUGUAGCUGAAGGUGGUGUCUUUUCCGGAUCUUGCUACUUUGAUGAGACCACCACUGGUACCACCAACCCAACGAAUGUUGUAACACAAGCGACGGCAGCAGAAUUCAACGCUUGGAAUGCGGAUGGAACCGUGACGAUUACAUUGGAUGCCGAUAGUGGCGUUGACCCUGGUAAUGGAGGUGGAAACGAUGGUGGAAGCGUCCAAUUGCAAUAUUGUGCAAGAACAUGUGGAACUCCUGGUAUCACUACUGCUUGUCAGAAUCAGCCAGCGACUCCUGUCGACUGUGCUGCCUUUCCUGGUUCAAUUUCAACGACCUCGACGAUUCUCACAACGACUUUGACUACAAGUGGCGAGGCUCUCGCAUUUUCCUUUGCUGGAUUGGCCGACUCUUUGUCUCCAGUCAAUAUCCUUGCAACUUUCGAUGGUGACAUUGAUAGUGGCGCGGUAUCCAAUGAAUGUUUUGAUAUUGUGGGAGAAGGUGGUGUCUUAUUUUCAGGAUCUUGUUACUUUGACGAAUUAACGUUCGGUGCCACGGGCGUAACGCAGGUUGUAACGCAAGCGACAGCAGCAGAGUUCAACGGUUGGAAUGCCGAUGGAACCGUCACAAUUAUUUUGGAUGCAGACAGCAACGUACUUCCUGGUGUCGAUUCAUCAGUUGGAACAAUCCAAUUGCAAUAUUGCAUCACACCAACCACAGGAACAUGUGACACUCCAGGUAUAACUACCGCUUGUCCCAAUCAGCCUGCGACGCCUGUAGACUGUUCUGCCUUUCCCGGUACAAUUUCAACGUUAUCUACUGUUCAAACUGCCACUUUGACUACAAGUGGCGAGGCUCUUGUACUAUCAUUCACUGGAUUGGCGGACUCUGUGUCUCCUGUCAAUAUUCUUGCAUCUUUCGACGGUGACGAUGAUCAGGGUGUAGCACGAAAUGAAUGUAUUGAUAUUCUUUCUGAAUUUGGUGUCUUUACUGGAUCUUGUUACUUUAAUGAAGAAACGUUCGGUGCCGCCGGGAACGUCCAGGUUGUAACGCAAGCGACAGCGGCAGACUUCAACGCUUGGAAUGCGGAUGGAACGGUGACGCUAACUUUGGAUGCCGACAGUAACAUCAACCCUGGUGGCGGUUCAUCUGUUGCGACAAUCCAAUUGCAGUAUUGUAUCAUUGAACCCCCAGCAACAUGUGGCACUCCUGGUAUAACUACCGCUUGUCCAAAUCAGCCUGCGACCCCUGUGGACUGUGCUGCUUUUCCUGGUUCAAUUUCAACGACCUCUACGGUUCAAACUGCUACUUUGACUACCAGUGGCGAGGCUCUCGCAUUGUCGUUUGCUGGAUUGGCCGACUCUGUGUCUCCAGUCAAUAUUCUUGCAUCUUUCGAUGGUGAUGAUAAUAGUGGCGCAGCAUCCAAUGAAUGUAUUGAUAUUCUUUCUGAAUUUGGUGUCUUUACUGGAUCUUGUUACUUUGACGAAUUAACGUUUGGAGCCACUGGGAAUGUGCAAGUCGUGACACAAGCGACAGCAGCAGACUUCAACACUUGGAAUGCCGAUGGAUUUGUCACGAUUACUUUGGAUGCCGACAGGAUUGUCGACCCUCGUGGCGAUUCAAAUGUUGCCUCAGUCCGAUUGCAGUAUUGUAUCAUACCACCCCCACAAACAUGUGGCACUCCUGGCAUCACUACCGCUUGUCCAAAUCAGCCUGCGACUCCUGUUGACUGUACUGCCUUUCCUGGGACAAUUUCAACGACGACUACGGUUCAAACUGCCACUUUGACCACAGGUGGCGAGGCCCUCGCAUUAUCCUUUACUGGAUUGGCCGACUCUGUGUCUCCUGUAAACAUCCUUGCAUCUUACGAUGGUGACAUUGAUCGGGGCGUAGCACGCAGUGAAUGUAUGGAUAUUCUUUCUGAAUUUGGUGUCUUUACUGGAUCGUGUUACUUUGACGAACUCACGUUUGGUGCCGCUGGGAAUGUGCAAGUUGUGACUCAAGCCACAGCAGCAGACUUCAACGCUUGGAAUGCGGACGGGAUGGUGACGAUUACUUUGGAUGCCGACAGUAACGUCCUUCCUGGUGUCGAUUCGUCAGUUGGGACAAUUCAAUUGCAAUAUUGCAUCGUACCGCCACCAGCAACAUGCGGCAGUCCUGGUAUAACUGCCGUCUGUCCAAAUCAGCCUGCAACUCCUGUGGACUGUGCUGCCUUUCCUGGUUCAAUUUCAACUACGUCUACUAUUCUCACUACUACAUUGACUACAAGUGGCGAGGCUCUCUCGUUAUCCUUUAAUGGAUUGGUCGACUCUGUGUCUCCCGUGAAUAUCCUUGCAUCUUACGAUGGUGACAUAGAUGGUGGCGCAGCAGGAGCCAAUGAAUGUAUUGAUAUUCUUUCUGAAUUUGGUGUCUUCACUGGAUCUUGUUACUUUGACGGUUUAACAUAUGGUGCUGCCGGGAAUGUGCAGGUUGUAACGCAAGCGACAGCAGCAGACUUCAACGCUUGGAAUGCCGAUGGAUUUGUCACGAUUACUUUGGAUGCCGACCGCAAUGUCGACCCUAGUGGUGGCGGAUCAAAUGUUGGAACAAUCCAAUUGCAGUAUUGUAUCAUACCACCCCCACAAACAUGUGGCACUCCUGGCAUCACAAGCGCUUGUCCCAAUCAACCUGCGACUGCUGUUGACUGUUCUACCUUUCCUGGCUCGAUUUCAACGACGUCUACUAUUCUCACUGCUACUUUGACUACGAGUGGCCAGGCUCUCGUGUUUUCUUUUACUGGACUAGCCGAUUCUGUGUCUCCCGUCAAUAUCCUUGCAUCUUACGAUGGUGACGAUGAUCAGGGCGCAGCACGCAAUGAAUGUAUUGAUAUUCUCUCUGAAUUUGGUGUUUUUACUGGAUCUUGUUACUUUGACGAACUCACGUUCGGUGCCACCGGAAAUGUGCAAGUUGUAACGCAAGCUGCAGCAGCAGACUUCAACGCUUGGAAUGCGGACGGGAUGGUGACGCUAAUUUUGGAUGCCGACAGUAAUAUCAACCCUGGUGGCGGUUCAUCAAUUGGAACAAUCCAAUUGCAAUAUUGUAUCCUACCACCACCAGCAACAUGUGGCACUCCUGGUAUAACUACCGCUUGUCCAAAUCAGCCUGCAACUCCUGUGGACUGUGCUGCCUUUCCUGGUUCAAUUUCAACUACGUCUACUAUUCUCACUACUACAUUGACUACAAGUGGCGAGGCUCUCUCGUUAUCCUUUAAUGGAUUGGUCAACUCUGUGUCUCCCGUGAAUAUCCUUGCAUCUUACGAUGGUGACAUAGAUAGUGGCGCAGCAGGAGCCAAUGAAUGCAUGGAUGUUCUUUCUGAAUUUGGUGUCUUCACUGGAUCUUGUUACUUUGACGGUUUAACAUAUGGUGCUGCAGGCAUACCGCAAGUCGUGACGCAAGCGACAGCAGCAGACUUCAACGCUUGGAAUGCGGAUGGAGCCGUGACGAUUACUCUGGAUGCCGAUCGUGGCGUUGGCACUGGUGGCGCUUUUUCAAAGGUUGCAACAGUCCAAUUGCAGUAUUGUAUCAUACCACCCCCACAAACAUGUGGCACUCCUGGCAUCACUAGCGCUUGUCCCAAUCAACCUGCGACUCCUCUUGACUGUUCUACUUUUCCUGGUUCAAUUUCAACAACGUCAACGAUUCUCACUGCCACUUUGACUACGAGUGGCCAGGCUCUUGCGUUUUCAUUUACUGGAUUGGUCGAUUCUGUGUCUCCCGUCAAUAUCCUUGCAUCUUACGAUGGUGACAUUGAUCGGGGCGUAGCACGCAGUGAAUGUAUGGAUAUUCUUUCAGAAUUUGGUGUCUUUACUGGAUCGUGUUACUUUGACGAACUCACGUUUGGUGCCGCGGGGAAUGUGCAAGUUGUGACUCAAGCCACAGCAGCAGACUUCAACGCUUGGAAUGCGGACGGGAUGGUGACGAUUACUUUGGAUGCCGACAGUAACGUCCUUCCUGGUGUAGAUUCAUCAGUUGGGACAAUACAAUUGCAAUAUUGUAUCCUACCACCACCAGCAACAUGUGGCACUCCUGGUAUAGCUACCGCUUGUCCAAAUCAGCCUGCGACUCCCGUAGACUGCACUGCUUUUCCUGGUACAACUUCAGUCACGACUACGGUUCAAUCUGCUACUUUGACUACAAGUGGCGAGGCUCUCGCGUUUUCAUUUCCUGGAUUGGUUGACUCUGUGUCUCCCGUGAAUAUCCUUGCAUCUUACGAUGGUGACAUAGAUGGUGGCGCAGCAGGAGCCAAUGAAUGCAUGGAUAUUCUUUCAGAAUUUGGUGUCUUUACUGGAUCUUGUUACUUUGACAAAUUGACUUUCGGUGCAACAGGCAUACCACAGGUUGUAACGCAAGCGACAGCAGCAGACUUUAACGCUUGGAAUGCGGAUGGAACGGUGACGCUAACUUUGGAUGCCGACCGCAAUGUUGGCGCUGGUGGCGCUUUUUCAAAUGUUGGAACAAUCCAAUUGCAAUAUUGCGUGUAA